AUGGCACCGCAGUACGAGCUGUACACCUAUUACCGUUCGUCAUGCUCAGCGAGAGUCCGCAUUGCAGCCGCAUACAAAGGCAUCUCAAUGUCGUACAGAUUCGUCCACCUUCUGAACUCCGAGCAGAUGUCUGAAGACUACGAGAGGAUCAAUGCAUCGCAGAGCGUGCCAACGCUGGUCAUCACUGAAGAGGGCGGGCAGCGAACCGUUAUUCAGCAGUCGGUCGCUAUACUUGAAUACUUGGAGGAGAGCCACCCGGAGUCGCCGAAACUACUGCCCGCCAGCGCCGCUGAGAGGGCCUGGAUCCGACAGCUAGUGAACAUUGUUGCUUGCGACAUUCAACCGGUGACAAACCUCAGGGUGUUGCACAAGGUCAAGGAAAUCGGCGUGGAAGUAACUCAGUGGCAGAAGCCAUGGAUGUUGCACGGAUUGCUGGCAUACGAGAAGACGAUGCUACGUCAAGGGGUCGGCAGAUACUCGUUUGGAGACACCUUAACCAUGGCUGAUGUUGUGCUGGCACCCGCUGUAGACGGAGCCGUACGCUUUGGUGUCGACUUCGACGAGAUUCCCAACGUCAAGAGAGUGUAUGACGAAUUGCAAAACCAUGAAGCUUUUCGUGCUGGAUCGUGGACAGCGCAGCCGGACACACCUCACCAGUUUCGAGAAGCUUGUUGA